GCUAAAAAAGCCUACAGGAGGAGGAGGAAGAAGAAGUUCGUUCAUGCAUGCGAUCCGCCAGUUUGUGAGAAGCGCCGUCAGUCAAGUGUUUCUAAGUAAAGUUAAUCUGAUGAAGAUGAGGAUCGGGACACAUAACGGCACUUUUCACUGUGACGAAGUUCUGGCGUGUUUCCUUCUGCGACAGCUGCCAGAAUACAAGGAUGCUGAGAUCAUCCGCAGCAGAGACGCGUCUGUCCUGGCGGAAUGUGAUGUUGUGGUCGAUGUUGGAGGAGAAUAUAAUCCCACUCAGAAGCGCUACGAUCAUCAUCAGAGAUCUUUUGUGGAAAGUUUCCAUAGCUUGUGUCCAGAGAAGCCAUGGGUGACGAAGUUGAGCUCAGCGGGUUUGAUUUACCUUCAUUUUGGCAGAGAAGUUCUUGCCCAGCUGACGCAGCUGAAGCAGGACGACGCGCAGCUGGAGGUCCUUUAUAAUAAGAUGUAUGAGAACUUUGUGGAGGAAGUGGAUGCAGUGGAUAACGGGAUCAGUCAGUGUGAUGGAGAGGCGCGUUACACCAUCACCACCACCCUCAGCACUCGCGUCGGCUAUCUCAACCCUUGCUGGAACAGCAAAGACCAAGACACUGAGGAGGGUUUCCAUAAAGCCAUGGCUCUUGUAGGAGCUGAAUUCAAGGACCGUCUGGAUUACUUCAUGAAGGCCUGGCUACCCGCGAGAGAGAUUGUGCAACAAGCUGUUCAGACGAGAUAUCAGAUUGAUCCGAGUGGGGAGAUUGUGGUGCUUGCUCAGGGUGGUUGUCCCUGGAAAGAGCAUCUGUUUGCCCUUGAAAAGGAGAUGAAGGUGGACGUGCCCAUCAAGUUUGUGCUGUACACAGAUCAGAAUGGCCACUGGAGAGUCCAGUGUGUCCCAGCCGGACUGAACACCUUUCAGAACAGAUUGAGUAUUUUGGAGGAAUGGAGAGGUGUCCGGGACGAGGCGCUGUCUGAGUUGAGUGGAAUUCCCGACUGCAUCUUUGUCCAUGCCAGUGGUUUUAUUGGGGGGAACAAGACGCAGGAGGGUGCACUGGAGAUGGCCAAAAGAACGCUGCAAACAGCACCCAAACCUUUACUCAACAACUGACGCAUACCUGUAAAUCACAUCACUGACAAAGGCCCAUGAAAAAGAAUAAAUACAACAUCUCUUUUGCUAGUAUUAAUGUUUUUGUUUGUAUUUUCUGUAAAAAAAAAUACAUAAUUUUACAGAAAUAUUGUGGAUUAUUUGUAAGAUUUAUUCUUUCUGCAUCCUGUGGAAGGACUGAAUUUCACAUCAGGGUCAGGGAAAAACAGCAGACUAGGAAAAACUGGACUUUUUUUUUUUUUUUUUUUUUUUUUUUUUUUUAAAGAUAAUGACAAUACUGACCUCGUUCUUGGCCUAAAAACGAAUAUGUAAGCUGUCAGUUAAUUAACAGGCCUAGGUCAGGGUAGAGCUAUAUUUAUUUUGGACAGGACUAAAAACGAGGAUGUGAUAGAAGUACAAUGCAUUCAAUGCAAAACAUACAGAUUGUUGAGCUGGCAAAAGGUCUAUCUUUCACAGCUUUCUGUUCAUUUCCCAAUAAGGUGUUUGAGGUCUAUUGGUCAUCUUUACUACUCGAUGCGCUUAUAGAAAAUUCAAGAUUCUUUAUUUUCAUUAUACAGAGUGCAGCGAAAUUAGAGCAGUUCAAACAAGUGAUGUCAAGGGUGGGAAGGGUCCUUUAGGAUGGACAGCUGAAUAUAAUGUGCACUUGAUGCUGGCAGACAGUGUGAUCCGGAUGUUAUCUGUGAUGCAAGCUAUAACAGAUACCUUUUUCACAAUUCUUUUGUUAAAAGGUUUGUUCAGCUGUUGAAUAUGUGACAUUGGUGACAUUAAAAUAGCGAUUAUCACUCUA